CGAGCGGGAAAUUGGGACUUUUGUAAGUGAACAAAAAUUUAAGUAUUAAUUUUGGAUUUGUAGUGUGAGGUAUUUUUAGAAUUGUUUUUCAAAAUGGCUGGAUCUGCUGGUCGAAGAAAUAUUCUUCGGGAACUUGGUCAGCUGACAAAUGGUAGUGGAAUUCAUUCUCCUUUACAAGAAGCUUCCCCAAUUUCACCUGAUGAAACUGUUAUUCAACAGCGAGGAUUAAGAAGAAAGUCUUCUACUUACAAUUAUGAUGCACCAGAUCCAGUCUUUUUUAAAACUCCUACAAAGUCGCCUAAGAAAUCAAGAUUUUUAUCUCCAACUAAAACAACUCCAGUAAGAUCAUCCCCUCGAAAACGACUUAAUGGAACACCUGAUAAAUUGAGAUUAAGUGAAGCUGGUAUCAGUGAAAUAUCCCUUUCACCAAAGUGUCACAAGAAAUCUCCUCUCAAGAAUGUAAAACCUGGCUUACAACUUGAAAAAGGAUUAAAAGCACUUAGUCAUAAUCAAUUAGUGGAACUCAUCACUAGUACUAUAAAUUGCAGUCCUGAAAUAGAACGGAUAAUUAACAAGAUGUUGCCUGUGCCAGAUCUUAUACCUGCAGAAGAAAGAUUACAUAAACUGAAGCAAAAUGUCUUUAGGUCUUACCCUCGUAAUGUUUGGGGGUCUCAAGAUAGUUCAUUUUGUUUUAUGAGGGUCAAAACUCAUUUGGAAGCAUUUAAAAAAGAUUGUUUAGAGAUGUGCCAGUUAUACAUGGAAAGUGAACACUGGCCAACUGCAUUUGAAUUCAUCUUCAUCGCUUGGAAAUAUACUUCGGAGUUGCCAGACUGGGAUUACACUUAUCAUAACAGAAUCAAAGGUAUUUGUAUGAAACACCUUUCGGCUCAAUGCAUCACUGCCUUAAAGAAAGCCAAUCUUGAUAAGCCUGCUUUAGCUGAAUUAAUUGAAAGGAUGCAAGAAUUCAAGAGUGAAUCUGCCAUUAAGCCGUGCAUUGCCUUUGCCAUGAAACUAAUGGAGGAGAUGGUUUGAAUUUCAUAAAUCUGUGUUUUAAAUUGGAGCUGUUCAUUUGUUAUUUACUGUACUUUGUUGUUUUUAAACUGAAUUCAUAUUCUUACUUUUAUACUUUGCUUAUGAAUUUUUGAAUAGCUUUGUUGGUGAACUAAUUAGUUUUUAUUCUUGAGAAUAAAGUAAAAAUGCACAUUUUUACUUUAUUUCCAUCUAAUAAUUUGUAUUCAAUAUUGUUAUUGUAUUUCUCCUGUUUGAAGGAAUCUAGACUUAUUUUUAAAUUGCAUUUUUAGAGAUCUGUGUUAAAUUCAAUGACUGGGGCAUGUUGAAUAUUGUUUGAAGUGAACUCUUGAAAGUUAUGAUAAUCUAUUUUUGUAUGAUAAUGUUCAAAUGAAUUGAAUAGCACUGGAUGAUUUUCCCCAGAAAUUAUGUGAAAAAAUAUUGAGCUCUUUUAAAUUCAGCAAGGAAAAAAAUUUAUAGGACAAAUUUUAAAUGAAAUAUCUUGUAUAUUAUUAACAUGGUUUUAUCUUUUUUAAAAAUGUUUUCGACUAAUGACAUCGCUAAUCUUACUGAAAAGAAAAAAAAUAUAUAUAUCCUGUACCUCUAUUUGUAAUGAAUAUUAGUUGCUUGUCGAUAUUCGAAAUUUAUUUUCUGAAUGUAGUUUUUUUCUGUGCUCAUGUCUUCCUAAUUAAGUUCAAAAUCUUUCUAUUUUUAUGAAAAUCGUAUAUUUUACAAAGUGCCAAUUUUGAAUUAUGUGAUAAGGGAUUACAUUUCAUAUUUAUACUGUGUGUACUAAUCUGUUCAUAUUUUGCAUGAAACUUUAUAAUACAAAAAUCGAAUUUUUUUUGAAGGAUUUAAUUAGUUUUUUAUUAGGUGCAUUAAAUCCACUUCUAUCUAUU